AUGGCUCAGCCUUACAGGACCACGUCGACAGCGUAUGCCAGUGCUCCUGUAGACCAGGGAUACGCUGAUGCCACACCUCAAUAUGGUAGAUACCACGGUCAAAGCACAGGGGGUCGUGGUAUGGGUGCUGGUACCGGCGCGGCGUUGGGAGGCACAGCCGGUCUUUUGGGUGGGGUUUUGCUCGGAAACGCUCUAGCUGAUCACGGUGGAGAUGCAGGUGGUAGAGAGUUCGAUGGAGGAGGAUUUGAUGGAGCAGGUGGGGGCGGCUAUGGCGGUGGUGGAGACUUUGCUGGAGACUUCUGA